AUGACUUCCAACAGCAAUGACGUUGUCAUAUCUCCUUUCGAGACUGAAAAGGAUUUCAAGCAGGCACAAUAUUGCUUGUCUGAAGCUUUUGGGCGUCAAGCAAAAGAUUCUGUCUGGAUGCUGAUGAACCCCGGGUGGGAUACAGAAGAAGGACAAGCCAAACACGCUAAAAGUUUAAUGAAAAAAUGGCAGUCUGUCACUACCAACAAAGAUGGACUGCCCAAUGCCAUCUAUCUAAAAGCUACCCUUCCCGACCCAGAUCAGCCUGGAGAGAGACGAGUUGUUGGUAUGGCUAUAUGGAGGCAACUGUCGUUUGUAGAAGGCUAUGGCGAUCCUUUCUCCGACGACAUGAGUGCAUCCCUUAACAACCUCGACGAAACGAAACGACGCUUUGCAACCCAAAUGUUCCGCUCGCUUUGGAAACGCCGCAUCGCGUAUAUGCACGAAGUCAGGGAGUCAGGACGCAACCCACCUGCCAUUUUUACUUUGGACAUAUGUGCAGUUGAUCCAGCCUACCAACGCCGCGGCAUUGCAGCGAAGCUUGUUGAAGUCGGACUUGCUGAAGCGAAGAAGAGAGGCGAUCUAGAGUGUACAACUGAGGGCAGUGCUAUGGGAAGAGUGGUAUACCAGAGACUAGGAUUCAAGGACGAAGGGACUGGCGAUAUCCAAUAUGAGACAUUUGGUUUACCACGACAACCCAAAAUGACCAAUUCCCCUGCGGCCAUCUCCGUCAACAGCAUAAAAAGUGACUCCAUCGUUCCUUGCCUCUUGGGGAAGGUGGGAUGGUCGGCGCUAUGUAGUGGGGCAACCCAAAGCUACCCCGCCAGGGUCAAUUACGCCCCGGACUCUGCCCGUCUGAUCAUCCUGCCAGGCGAAGAUGACCCCUCAAUGCCGUCCACCUCACGCGGUCGCCCAAUUGGCCAAGAAUACUAUGAGAUCAAGGAGAAGAUAGCGUUUAUGGACCUCCACAAGAUUGACAAAUCAGUCAUUUCGCUGGCGAAUCCAUGGCUGGACUUUUUACCUGCAGAGGAGGCGGGAGAGGCGGCCAAGAAGAUCAACGACGACGUCAACGACCAAUGCUCACAAUAUCCCGGACGACUGUACUUCUUCGGCACACUUCCUCUAUCUGCCUCACCUGAGGUUAUAACCGCUGAGAUUGAGAGAUUGAGCACCCUCAAGUACGCUAGGGGUGUUAUCAUGGGCACGUCGGGUCUGGGACAGGGACUAGAUGAUGCGAAGCUCGACCCGGUAUAUGCAGCGCUCGAGAAGCACCAGCAACUUGUUUUCCUACACCCCCACUACGGUCUUCCUGCCUCAGUCUAUGGUCCCCGUGCGAGCGAAUACGGGCAUGUACUGCCAUUAGCACUUGGGUUCCCCCUCGAGACCACCAUUGCAGUGAGCAGGAUGCUCUUGAGCGGAGUCUGGGACCGGUUCACAAAGCUCAGCGUAUUGCUUGCGCAUUCAGGAGGUACAUUGCCGUUUUUGGCUGGAAGGAUCGAGUCUUGCAUUUUGCAUGAUGGACAUCUGAAGAAGCAUGGCAAGACCCAGAAUAGGAGAGACGUGUGGGACAUACUGAAGACGAACAUCUACCUUGAUGCAGUCAUCUACUCGGAAGUGGGAUUGAAGGCAGCACUAGAUGCGUCAGGGUCAGACAGGCUGCUUUUCGGUACCGAUCACCCGUUCUUUCCGCCGCUUGAAGAAGAUGCAAAGGAGUGGCACAGCGUCAACGCGAAUUAUGGCGCUAUAUCGAAAGCGUUUGCCACGGAUGACAAGAAAGCUCAAGAUGUUCUGGGUGGCAACGCAAUCCGGAUACUGAGGCUUCACUGA